GUAUGCGAUCAAACGGCAAUUUUCCAGGCGAGAAGUCACUAGCAUAAACUACGAUGAUCCGAUCGACAGUCUUCGUCGCUCUACUUGCAUCCAUCUCGGUGCACACCAGUCUUGCCGCACCGCGGGCUGCACCAGACAGCGUGCAGAGUGUUAUUUUCGCAGAGGAGACGGGGAGAUUUCUCGCGCUUAGUGCCAGCGGAAAAGUGUCCGCAAAUGCUGACAUGGGUAAGCAUUUUAGUUAUAUAGCUAGCUAGCUACUUACACUAACCCAAAGACGUACUUAGCAGCUAUAUAUAUAGUGGAUGAACAUUCUCGCGUAUAUAGCCGUACCUAAACACUACCUCAUUUAUAGAGCAGCUUCGCCCAUUCUGUAUAAGCAUGAUCAACUGAGCAGAAUGGAUACUGAGCUUAGGGUCAAUAUAACAGAAAAGCACCCUCGGCGAACUACGCAUGCGCGGUACCACUAAUUGAUGGGCUGGGCUUUUAGGCCUUAUACCAACCCUCGCUGCGCAUGCGCGUCGAGGGUUAAUUACAUUAUGCCAUGUAUCGAUUCAUCUGAGCCUGUCCUAAUGUGUACCAAAUAUUUCUUCACUUUGUCAGGAUCGCCCGAGGCAAACCUAUUCGUCUACUAUCUCUCCGACAACAUGAUACAACUUAAGUCGGCAAACCCGGAAAAAGAAUGCUACCUUGUAUUUGAGGACGGGGAAUUCAGAGCCGGGAAGGCAGACGAUAAGAACAGUAUCUUUGAGGUGGUCGGACAAGACGAGAGGGGCAGUGUUGGUCAAGUUGCUCUCCGCCCCGUCACAGCUACAGACUGCUAUCUUGGGUUUUCUAAUCCCGAAAGUGAACCCGCUUGCUACCCUUCCACUGAAUUAGCCGCAACAAGACUUGGAAUUUUCCAAUGAUGCACCAUAAUUUUAUGUAGCUAUAAUUAUUAUCUCUUUAUGUGUGUACAGUAUUGAAUACUGGGUAAUAAAUAGACUCUGCGUAAACACGCACGAAUUAACACACUUGAAUGGCGGGUAAAUGCGCAAUAUUAUUAUUAUUAUUAUUAUUGAGACUU